CUCCGAGAACACACAUAUCAACGUACACGUACGCCAAGCGAUCAUGGAGAUGGUGCACAAAGGCCGCCUCCUCGCCGCCGUGCACAGCCUCUUCAGCGUUGCCACCCUGCUCCUCUGCAUCCUGGCCGAGCUCUUCGUCUUCGUCCUCCACCGCCACGCUUCACUCUACCUCCUCCCGGUCUGCGCGAUGCUGCUGCUCCUGCGCCGCUCCGGCCGACGCGCGGACAUCAACCUGGUGGACUACGCGUACCUGAAGCCGCCCCGGCGGCUGCGCGUCACGACCCCGGCCCUCCUCGAGCACUUCCGCCUCAUCGGCUGCUUCGACGACGGCAGCGUGGAGUUCAUGUCGAAGGUCGUCGAGGCCAGCGGCAUGUGCGACGAGACCUACUUCCCGCCCUCGCUGCACCGCAUCCCGCCGUCGGCCACGCACGCCGACGCCGUGCACGAGGCGGGGGCGCUCUUCUUCCCCACGCUCGACGAGCUGUUCGCGAAGACCGGCGUGCCGCCGUCCGCGGUGGGCGCGCUCGUCGUCAGCUGCAGCGGGUUCUGCCCCGCGCCGUCGCUGGCUGCGGUGAUCGUGAACAGGUACGGCAUGCGCGGGGACGUGAAGGCGUUCAGCCUGUCAGGCAUGGGGUGCUCCGCGGGCGUCGUGGGCGUGGACGUCGCGAGAGGCGUCUUGAGGGCGCACGAAAGCGCCGUCGAGUACGCUGUCGUCGUCAGCGCGGAGAUCGUCACGGUCGGGUGGUACGCUGGGAAGGAUCCCAGCAAGCUGCUGCCGCUGCUGUCGAACACCGCUGGCACCAUGGCGGCAGCAGUGCCUGCCAAGUACCGUCUCGUCGCGCUAACGCGCACGAACCUAGCGGCCGACGAUCUUGCCUACGCGUCGGCGUUGAGGGAGGAGGACGACGAAGGGAUUACCGGGUUCACCAUCGGCCGCGGCCUCGGCGGCGUGGCGCGGGAUCUCCUCCGCGCGCAUCUCCCCGCCCUAGGCGCCGAAAUCCUCCCGUGGCAAGAGAAGCUCCGGUACGCCGCAGCGCUCAUGCGGUUCCAUUUCAAUCACCGACAGAGCAACACCAAGAAGCUCCCCGAGGAAGACGGCCAGGAUACCGUGCCGAAGCCGAACUUCCUCACCGCGGCGAAGCACCUUUGCCUGCCGGCGUCGGGGAUGCCGAUGAUACGGAUGCUGGCGGAGGGGCUGGGCGUCGGGGAGAGGGAGGCGGAGGCGGCGCUCGGGACGUUCCAGCGGUUCGGCAACCAGUCGGCGGCGUCGCUGUGGUACCAGGUCGCGUACCACGAGGCCAAGGGGCGGGUCCGCAGGGGCGACCGCGUGUGGCAGCUCGGCAUGGGGAGCGGGCCCAAGGCGAACAGCGCCGUGUGGGAGCGCGUCGCCGCCGACGGUGACGGUGCGGCGGCGCCCGGCGCCGACGAGGGCCCGUGGGGCGACUGCAUCCACCGCUUCCCGGCGAUCGAGAGAGCAGCCGCGCGCUGAAUUCGAUUGAGCAAAUGGUAUGGUACAUAGCGCGCGCUCGCGGGCUGUUUGGGCGGUUGAAGAGAAGAAUGUUUGCAGGUACGAGGCGGAGGGCUAGUCUUGUUUGUGCCGUGCGUAUGU